AUCUGGAAGGUGAUGAAAGGAGUCACGUGUCCUCAGAAGUGACACCACAUUCUUCUCUGUCAUGCAGGUAGUCAAAGGGGGGGGGGGCUUAGCCGGUAGGGUAGUGGUGGUGCAUUUCCUGUUGGGGCCAUCACUGUAAUGUUGACAAACAGACUUGCACUCACAAGCAACGCCUUCCAACCAGAGGGUAUUCGACACUUGAGUAGACCUUGCCGCCGAUCACAUGGAAACAAAGGGCACGCCUUCUCCCCCGGCCUCCUCCUUGGGAAUAGGGACCGACGACACGGGGGCCGACGACACGGGGACCGGGGCCACUAUUGAUGUUUGGUGGGAGGAUCCCGAGCAAGAUGAUCCUGCCAACCCCCUAAACUGGCCCAACAGGAAGAAAUGGCUCAACAUACUGACCAUCUCUGUCAUUGCCUUUUUCGUCCCUCUUGUGUCAUCAAUGCUGGCGCCGGGCAUCCCGGCCGUCAUGCAAGACUACCACACGGACUCGACGAGCUUCGCCACCUUUGCCGUGUCCAUCUUCGUGCUGGGCUUCGCCUGCGGGUCCCUGAUCCUCCCGCCGCUGAGCGAGAUGCACGGCCGCGUCGUCGUCUACCACGCCACCAACGCCCUGUUCCUGCUCUUCACCGCGGCCUGCGGCCUCGCGCCCGGCGAGUCAACGCUGCUGGCCUUUCGGUUCCUGUCGGGCUUCGCCGGCGUCGCCUCCAUUACCAUCGGGUCCGGGACCAUCGCGGACCUCAUGCCGCGCGAGCAGCGGGGCCGCGCCGUGUCCAUCUGGUCCGUCGGCACCAUCCUCGGCCCCAUGGUCGGGCCCAUCAUCGGCGGCUACGUGGCUGAUGUCCUGGGGUGGCGGUGGAUGUUUUGGAUCAUGGCCAUUGUGGUUGGUCUUGUUUCACUCUUUGCCUUUUUCGUCUUGGAGGAGACUUAUGCUCCAGUGCUUUUGGAGCGAAAAGCUGCAAAAUUGAAAAAGGAGAACAACACUAGCAACUUCAUCUACAGAUCCAGAUUGGCAUCCGAUCUGACCCCUAGAGACCUAUUCGCCAAAAGCAUCGUGCGGCCAACAAAAAUGCUGCUUUGCCGCCCCAUCGUCACCAUCGUAUGCACGUACGUGGCGAUCCUGUACGGGACUCUAUAUCUCCUCUUCUCCACCUACUCGUUUGUGUUCAGCGAGGUGUACGGCUUCACCAGCACAGGCACCGGUCUGGUGUUCCUGGCCGGCGGCCUGGGGACAUUGGCAGGGCUCCCGUACAUUGCCCACUUUAGCGACAGGAGCAUCAAGACCCGCGCUGCGGCCGGCGAGCCCGUCCCGGCCGAAGCCCGACUGACCCGCAUCAUCACGGUGCCGGGGGCCCUGGCCUUCCCGCUCGGCUUGUUCAUGUACGGGUGGACGGUCGAGAUGCGCGCGCACUGGAUCGUGCCGCAGAUCGGCACCGCCAUCACCGGCUUCGGGUCCAUCCUCAUUUUUGUCGCCAUGCAGACGUACCUGAUCGAUGCGUUCGAGGGCCACGCCGCCAGCGUCGUGGGUGCCAACGCGGUGCUGCGGGGUCUCGCGGGUGCUUUGAUCCCGGUGGGUGGGCUGAAUUUGUACCGCGCGCUGGGGUGGGGGUGGGGGAACAGUCUGCUGGGAUUCCUGUCGCUCUUGUUUGCGCCUUUGCCCUGGGUCUUGCGCUCGUAUGGGGAGCGGGUUCGCGGUAUGAAGAGUAACAAGAUGGAGGUUUAAUAAACAAGGUCUAAGUAGCAUAUAUACAGUAAAUAUCAUUUUAUAAACAUGAGUGCAUUUGACCAUUUUCCCAAGAAACAAAAA